AUGGCAUCAUCAGGCGGCCGCCGAUGGCAGAGCUUCCUGCAAGAGCUGGUGAUGGUUGCUGGCACGUCGGCGUCCGCAUACUUCCUCAUUCGCUAUCUCCUAUCGCGCCUCGAUUUCGACCCGGAGAGCCAGAAGAAGGAGGAACAACGACAAAAGUCGGCGGCUAUUCUACGCCGACUUGAUGGCGGAGACGAUUCAGAUGAUGGAACAAGCCGAGGCGGUAGCACAAAGAAGGGUCGCCGCCAAAGAAAAGGCGAGCUGACGCUCAAUCAAUACGAACAAGCCGUCGCGAUGGAUGUGGUUGCGCCCGAAGAUAUCAAUGUUUCGUUUGAAGAUAUUGGAGGUCUCGACCAUAUUAUCGAAGAGUUGAAGGAAUCCGUGAUCUAUCCGUUGACCAUGCCCCAUCUUUACUCGUCGACAUCGUCCCUCCUGACCGCACCAUCUGGUGUGCUGCUGUAUGGCCCGCCUGGUUGCGGAAAGACCAUGCUCGCAAAGGCAUUGGCGUCCGAGAGUGGCGCUUGUUUCAUCAACCUGCACAUCUCGACAUUGACGGAGAAGUGGUACGGCGAUUCGAACAAAUUGGUCAAUGCGGUCUUUUCUCUCGCCCGCAAGCUUCAACCCGCGAUUGUGUUCAUCGAUGAGAUUGAUGCAGUCUUGGGAACCCGGAGGAGCGGCGAACAUGAGGCGAGCGGCAUGGUGAAGGCAGAAUUCAUGACCCACUGGGAUGGUCUCACCUCAGCCAAUUCGACGGGUGAACCCCAGCGCAUCGUUGUCCUCGGAGCCACCAACCGAAUGCAGGAUAUCGACGAGGCCAUUCUUCGGCGUAUGCCCAAGAAAUUCCCCGUCACGCUCCCUCCUGCACAGCAACGACUCCGAAUCCUUAGCCUGAUCCUCAAGGAUACCAAGGUUGACCGGGACAACUUUGACCUCCACUAUUUGGUCAAAUCCAUGGCUGGCAUGUCCGGUAGCGAUAUCAAGGAGGCCUGCCGAGAUGCCGCCAUGGCCCCCGUACGAGAGUUGAUCCGACAGAAGAAGGCUGAUGGUCUGCAAAUAACAGCUGUCGACCCUCAAGAAGUUCGCGGCCUUCGCACAGAAGACUUCUUUUCCCGUGCUGGUGGCGUUCGGGUAAUCCCACAGCCUGCUCAAAUGCCCACCACUCCAACUGGCAAGGUCAUUGAGAAAGAAGAUGGAGAUUGGACCACCGAGGAUGAGGCCGCCUCGGAGACUGACGGCCGCCCCUCUGAGAUGGCUGAGCCCCCAGAGUAA